AUGGAUGGUAAUCCACCUACCUGCGACUUCUCCACGAAAACCAAUCGAGGCGUUUACUUGUCCAAAAGCCUCAUCUUCGUCAUCCUUAUAAUUUUCGCUUUAGCUUUAGUAGCCACCGCCUUUAUAGUGUACAAUUUUGCGGCCUGUCCAAGGACAGAUCAAUUAGCUAACGUAACGAAAUAUGAACUAACUCGCUGUGAACAACCCAAACUAUUAGUUAUACCAUUAGCAACAGACAAUAAUAAAAGUAUUAUAGCAGUAGAAACUACUACGUCUCUCAUUGAAACUACGACAGUAGAUGAAACACCGAAAGUGACGGAUGUACGUCUACCAAAAUACGUAAAACCAGAUAGAUACUACCUCAAACUUACUCCAUACAUCUAUGAAGGUAACUUUACUUUUGAUGGAGAGAUAAGUAUUAUUUUGACAGUUAAAAAUGAAACCAAACAAAUUACCUUUCAUGGUGUAGAACUUACUUAUCACAGUAUUAAACUAAUAAAAAAAGAAGAUGGCGGAGAAGUUAAGAUUGUAGAAAGAACUGAAGAUAUUCCACGGCAAUUUCAAAUUUUAAUUUUGGACGAGCCGUUAAUAGCAGGAAAGCAAUAUUACUUGAAUAUCACAUACACAGGGAUAUUGAACGAUAAUCUUCACGGAUUCUACCGUAGUUCAUAUGAAGAUCAGAAAGUGAAACGAUGGAUAGCAGUAACGCAGUUUCAAGCGACGGACGCCCGCCGCGCGUUUCCGUGCUGGGACGAGCCGGCGCUGAAGGCUCGCUUCGUUAUCAGCAUCGCACGCCCCAACGACAUGACGUCCGUUUCCAAUAUGAACAUCGUCAGGAGGCAGAAACACGAUUCUUUAAAGAACUACACAUGGGAUCACUAUGCCGAAUCUCUUCCAAUGUCUACGUACUUGGUCGCUUUCGCUGUUACGGAUUUCGGCAACAUGAGCGACAACAAUUUUUCCGUUUGGGCGAGGAAGGAAGCUCUACCAUCUGCCGCUUACGCCUUAGACAUCGGUCCGAAGAUCUUGAAAUUCCUAGAAGAAUAUUACAAAAUAGAGUUUCCGUUGCCGAAGAUCGAUAUGAUGGCGUUGCCUGAUUUCAAGGCUGGUGCUAUGGAGAAUUGGGGAUUGCUUACUUUUAGAGAAAUAGCCAUGCUCUACGACGAAGGUGUGUCACCGACUACAGCUAAAGCCCGCGUAGCGUCGGUGGUGGCGCAUGAAAUCGCGCACCAGUGGUUCGGCAACCUGGUCACACCGGCCUGGUGGUCCGACAUAUGGUUAAACGAAGGUUUCGCCAGUUACGUGGAGUAUGUUGCCGUUGAUGCGGUGGAAAAGACGUGGAAGCUAAUGGAAGUAUUUGUUUUGAACGAAGUGCAAAGCGUGUUCAAGUUGGAUGCCCUCACGUCUUCGCAUCAGAUAUCGGUGGAGGUCGGUAAUCCAGAAGAAAUAGGAGCAAUUUUCGAUAAAAUCUCUUAUGGAAAAGGUUCAGCGAUCCUCCGCAUGAUGAACCACUUUCUAACGGACUCCGUAUUCAACGCGGGCAUCACUGCGUACCUGAACGCGCGCAAGUUCGGUGACGCGGAGCAACGCGACCUGUGGAGCGCGCUCACCGCGGCCGCGCAAGGCAGCGGCGCCUUUGAUGGGGACGUCGCCGUCGUCAUGGACUCCUGGACGCUGCAGACCGGCUUUCCCGUGCUUACAAUAACGAAGGACUACGACACCGGCGAGAUAGAGUUUAAACAGGAAAGAUUUGUCUUAAUCAACAACACGCUCGAAGAUCAGAAAUCUCCAGUUUGGUGGAUUCCAGUUUCAUACACAACCGCUGCUGAGAAGGAUUUUGAAUCUACGAGACCGCAACUGUGGCUGAGAGGCGAGCGGUCGAUUGUCGUUAAAAACAUCUCCAUCAGUAGAAAUGAUUGGAUUAUUGCGAACAUACAACAAACAGGUUUUUACCGUGUCAACUACGACCAACACAAUUGGGAGCUUCUGAUAAAGAUUCUUAACGAUCCUUCUCGCUUUCAAGAGAUUCAUCCGAUUAAUCGAGCACAAAUUAUCGACGAUGCGAUGAACUUAGCGUUGUCCGGGCGUUUGGACUACAGAACGGCACUGGACAUUACCAGCUACCUUACACACGAGAGAAGCUACGUUCCUUGGAAGGCUGGCUUGGUGGCUCUUGGUUACAUUGAUGCUAUGUUGUCAAAAGGAGCAUAUUAUUUAGAAUAUAAGCGGCACGUGCUGCGGCUGGUGGCGGGCGCGGCGCGCGAGCUGGGCUGGGCUGGCGAGCGCGCGGAGAGCGUGGUGCGCGCGCAGCAGCGCGUCGCCCUGCUGGCCACCGCCUGCCACCUGCGCCACGUCGCCUGCCUCGAGCACGCCGUGCGCCUCUACGCCAACUGGAUGCUCAGCGCCAACCCUGACGCCUACAAUGAGAUCCAUGCAGACAUUCGAAGUACAGUGUACUGCGUGGGAGUGCAGACUGGUGGGGCGCGGGAGUGGCGCUUUGCAUGGGACCGCUUUACUGAGGCCAGCGCACCUUCUGAGCGAGAGCUGCUUCUUUCAGUUCUAGGAUGCACUCGAUCACCGCAUCUGUUGUACAGAUACUUGGAAUUAUCAUUACGCAACGACAGUGGAAUACGAAAACAAGAUACCGUCAGGGUGUUUUCAGCGGUAGCAAGUUCCGCUAUCGGUGAACCUAUAGCUUUUAACUUUGUACGAGCUAACUGGCAACGACUUAAAGAUUACGUUGGAUCUGUGUCAACACUUAACUCGAUUCUAAAAGUAGUGACGCGAAGGUUAAAUCAAGUGCACGAAUAUGAAGAGUUGCAAAGAUUUGUAAACGAAUCGUGUAGUGAGUUGGGGAGGCCCGUUCAACAAGUACUGGAGAGGACUGCAGCAAAUGUUCAAUGGAUGCAGAGAAACUAUCAGACUAUCGUUGACUGGUUGCUGGAGGCCGAUAAAUCAGCUCCAGCUGUUGAUGACGCAUGA